AUGAGAAUCAUGAAUUCCGCGAGCGAGUGCUUUCCUACCAACAAAAAUACGAAGAAAGGCGCGCCAAUACAGAUCCUAAUUAUUACAUCACGAAAUAUAUUCGCUGGUGGUGCUCUUACCGUGAUUGGAUCCGUGAACUUGACUGGAAGUCACAUGUACCCAUCUCGACAGAUCAGAAAGUCGUUAGGUCAUGUAUCAGGUGUGGAUAUGAACGCGGUGCCAAACUGUGGUUUCAGCGCAAGCGAGAAUCCGCGACAGGCGUUGCCUAAAGGCUGUGGGGACGUGAACACGGUGGCUGAAUUGUACGAUCGAGUCAAAGAGCUCGAUGCACAAGGUCUGAUGUCCAAACCGCUUCCAGAUGGGAUGAAGAGAAUUCAUCACCGGUCAAGACUACAGCACCGUUCAUCUAAGCCCCAAGGACUCGAUGGCCCUUCCAGCUCCCAGGUUGAUGAUUGA